AUGGCGGGGCCCCUCUGGGCGCUGGGCGGCGCCGCGCUGGGGCUCUGCCUCGCCAGGGUCGCCGGGCAGCUGGUGGAGCCCAGCACGGCCCCGCCCAAGCCCAAGCCGCCCCCGCUGACCAAGGAGACGGUGGUGUUCUGGGACAUGCGCCUCUGGCACGUGGUGGGCAUCUUCUCGCUCUUCGUGUUGUCCAUCAUCAUCACUCUGUGCUGCGUCUUCAACUGCCGCGUGCCCCGGACCCGGAAGGAGAUUGAAGCCCGCUACCUGCAGCGGAAGGCAGCCAAGAUGUACACGGACAAACUGGAGACGGUCCCCCCACUCAACGAGCUCACGGAGAUCCCUGGAGAGGAUAAGAAGAAGAAGAAGAAGAAGGACAGUGUGGACACAGUGGCCAUCAAGGUAGAGGAGGAUGAGAAGAAUGAGGCCAAGAAGAAGAAAGGGGAGAAAUGA